AGGGCGCGCACAGUGCAGAAUGCAGGCUUUUCAUUGGUGUUGAAGAAAAGGAUCCUCUUGUUGGGACAGAGGUCACGCCGGUGUUGUCAGGACAACUGAACGCUCCGGCUGACCCACAUAUUUCCGGGUCUGCUAUUUACACUGAUUGAAGAAGGAUGUCAGACGUGGCGAAAGAGAAGGCGGCACGUCUUUUGAAGAAAAGAACCAGUGUGUCUUCACUCAGCAGCCAUGAAGUCAGAGCCAUUGGCAAGACCAAGGACUCCAUUAGCACAGUGUCCUACAUCGAUGAGCCAGGUCACCAUGAUGACAACCCCCGGCCCACCGUACAGAUGGAGAACACCUACCAGCUUGGUCCAGUGAAACGCUUCCCGGUGCUCACUGUCAACAAUAUUCUGAAGGAUGUGCUCACAAGUUAUCUACAGGAGGAGAAGUAUGAGGCUGAACUGUGUAGGCAGAUGACAAAGACGAUAUCUGAGGUUAUAAAAGCCAGAGUGAAGGACCUGAUGAUUCCACGCUACAAGAUCAUCGUGCAGAUCAACAUCGGGCAGCUGAGCAACCAGAACAUGCGCAUCGGCAGCCGGUGCCUGUGGGACCCUGGCAAUGACACAUUCUCCUCGUACGCCUUCAAGAACAGCUCCUUGUUCGCCGUCGCUAGCGUUUACGCUGUGUACUUUGAGUGACUUGGGCCACCUCUUGUGGAGGCCUUCUCAUCGCCUAUUGUCACAUUUUUCAGGCUGAAAGGUAUCAGGGUGGUGCAUUCAUACCACUUAUACAUAGGGUUCACCCAGGUGACUUUUCAAUAACACUCCAUUUUCAUAAUGCCAAGUACAGCUAAUCCGGGCCCCAAGUGCAAGUCAAUUAGAUUAGAUGGCAUAUAGCUAUAAAUCACUAUAAGACCAACACGUGGGUGUACAACAAAACAGCUUUCCUGUGCACAUUCUCAGAAUAUGAAACAAUGUUUAUUAUACCAUAAUAGCAAAAUA